CUCAUUGAGAAAAGUAGAGCCUCAGCAACUUGAGUUUGGUGGUCAGAUAUCCAGUUGUACAUCCUCCCAUCAAUGCACUGCCAAUGGGUUAUAUCCUGUGUUGUGACCUCAUGGUUUAAGUGGGAAUAAAGAUGAGUAUAAGCAGUGAUGAGGUCAACUUCUUGGUAUAUAGGUACUUGCAAGAGUCAGGAUUUUCUCAUUCCGCGUUUACCUUUGGUAUAGAGAGCCAUAUAAGUCAGUCCAAUAUAAAUGGCGCCCUUGUCCCACCUGCUGCAUUGAUCUCCAUCAUCCAGAAAGGCCUACAGUAUGUAGAGGCAGAAGUUAGCAUAAAUGAGGAUGGCACCUUAUUUGAUGGUCGGCCCAUUGAGUCUCUGUCGCUGAUCGAUGCUGUUAUGCCCGAUGUAGUCCAAACAAGACAACAAGCCUACAGAGACAAGCUUGCACAGCAACAUGCAGCCGCCGCUGCAGCUGCCGCCGCAGCCACUAACCAGCAAGGAUCUGCAAAAAAUGGAGAGAAUACAGCAAAUGGGGAGGAGAAUGGAGCACAUACCAUCACAAAGAUUGUUGCUUCUCAUGAUGCAGAUAAUCACACUGACUUGAUGGAAGUAGAUGGGGAUGUUGAAAUCCCUCCCAACAAAGCAGUUGUGCUACGGGGCCAUGAAUCUGAGGUUUUCAUCUGUGCCUGGAACCCUGUUAGUGAUCUCCUGGCAUCAGGGUCUGGAGACUCCACAGCAAGAAUAUGGAAUCUUAGUGAAAACAGCACGAAUGGUCCCACACAGCUGGUGCUUAGGCAUUGCAUACGGGAAGGAGGACAGGACGUUCCCAGCAACAAGGAUGUCACUUCUCUAGAUUGGAAUAGUGAAGGUACACUUCUAGCAACUGGGUCAUAUGAUGGAUUUGCCAGAAUAUGGACUAAAGAUGGUAAUCUUGCCAGCACCUUAGGGCAGCAUAAAGGCCCUAUAUUUGCAUUAAAAUGGAAUAAGAAAGGAAAUUUCAUCCUAAGUGCUGGAGUAGAUAAGACUACCAUUAUUUGGGAUGCACACACUGGUGAAGCCAAGCAGCAGUUUCCUUUCCAUUCAGCCCCAGCACUGGAUGUUGACUGGCAGAGCAACAACACCUUUGCAUCUUGUAGUACAGACAUGUGCAUUCAUGUCUGCAAAUUAGGACAAGACAGACCUAUCAAAACAUUCCAGGGACACACAAAUGAAGUAAACGCUAUCAAAUGGGACCCAACUGGCAAUCUCCUGGCCUCGUGUUCAGAUGACAUGACCUUGAAGAUUUGGAGUAUGAGACAAGAUAACUGUGUCCAUGAUUUGCAAGCACAUAACAAAGAAAUUUAUACUAUUAAAUGGAGUCCAACAGGACCAGGGACAAAUAAUCCAAAUGCCAACCUUAUGCUAGCAAGUGCAUCCUUUGAUUCUACAGUUAGGUUAUGGGACGUAGACCGAGGGAUUUGCAUCCAUACUUUAACAAAACACCAAGAGCCCGUGUACAGUGUGGCUUUCAGUCCUGAUGGUAGAUAUCUGGCAAGUGGUUCUUUUGACAAAUGUGUGCACAUCUGGAACACACAGACAGGUGCUUUAGUUCACAGUUACAGGGGAACAGGUGGGAUUUUUGAAGUUUGCUGGAAUGCAGCAGGAGACAAAGUUGGAGCCAGUGCAUCAGAUGGUUCAGUUUGUGUCUUAGACCUUCGGAAAUAGCGUUACUAGUUGGAAGCCAUGGACCGACUAUGAAUGUGUACAUAGCCACAAGACUAUCCCUGACCCACAUACUGCUAUAGUCCCACUUGAACCAUGGCCAGUCCACUACAGCCAAAUCUAAGAGAAAUAUAUACGUGCAGUGUAUAUGAACACAGCUGUACCCUGAAGAUGACAGUCUCAUCCCAGCUUGUGAAUUCUGCUCACCAAGUGCUGGGAUCUAACCUGCUGUGCCCCUAAGUAGCGUUUAGAAGUUUGGAUAUGAAAAGCAGAAGAGAUGGAAAAUGCAUUAUAAGAGCAAACCACACAUGUACCAGUUUUGGAUAUUAAUGACAGCCUUGUUUCUCCCCUUUAAAUCAGCAGACACCAUGGAUUAUAUUCUUUUUCCCCUUCAGUAGUGCGCAGUUUGUAUGUACAGAGAACUUGGACUUAGCAAAAACUCGCGGCCGCAGUUUGUUCUUGCUUUCAAGUUUGUUUUGGUUUAGAUUAUGGAUGCAUGAAAUAAGGGAGUGAAUCAUAUUCUUUUACUUUUCCUCACCUUUUAAACAAACAAAAAAAUCUUAAAAAAAUAUUUUACUGCAUUCUUUGGAAAAGGUAGAUGUUUGGUACAUUUUAUGGCUCCCAGAGUAUAUAUUCAGUUGGUGCAUAUUGUGGAGGGAGUUGGAAUUAAAGGAAACCACAUGACAUUUGUCAUGUUACUCUCUAACACACAUCAGCAAAGGGUAUUACCUUAUCUUUGUUUUGUUUUUCUGUGUGUGUGUGUGUGUGUGUGUGUGUGUGUGUGUGUGUGUGUGUGUGGUGUGUGUGUAAAAAUAAAAUAGUUUCUUCUUGGGGACGUAUUUCUGCCAAUUUAAGAAUAGGAGGGCACAAUUUUUUUUUCCUAAUAACAUGAAGAAGAGACAUUAAAAAAUAAAAAACAAAACAAAACAAAAAACAAAACAAAAAAACCUUUCCGAUGUUUCCUAGCCAUAGCUAAAUUAUGGUCAAAAUGUGCACUAUUGUGAGAAGGGGCAAUGUAGUCUGGGGCUUUUUUUUUUUUUUUAAUUUUUAUUUUACCACUUGUCUGUUUUUACUUGUUUCUUAAGAGAUUAAAAUGUUUCUGGAUAAGGAUUAGCUUCUCAAAGUGUCCAUCAUUCUAUAUAGAAGCUUAAAUAUGUAAUUUAGCCAGAUUCCAGUAUUAAAAAUCUCUCCUGUUAUUUUUCUUUUUACAAAGCAAGAUUACAGCAUAUAACACUGCCAUCACAUGGCAAAAUGCUUGCUACCUUAGUUUUAAAAACAACUUUUAAAGGCUUGCUUCGAGGUUUUUUUGAGUAGCGAUGACUGAGGAUUUAGGGAGAAGUGUGGCUGCUGUGCCACUCUGCCCGAGUCUGUGGCGUCAAGGCUGCACUUGGUCAAGCAACAUGAUCUAAGCUGCUGCUUUCCAGUAAUCACUACUACAUCAUGUCUUUUACUCUGUUAUAUCAAGUUUGUUUUUAAAGAUACAGGUAUCCAAUCAGAUCUCUUCUUAUGCUCAGCUAAAAGUAAAAUAACCUACAAAUAUUCACCAGAGGCCAUGUUUGUGAAGGUGGUUAACAGGAUAGUAGGGAUUAACAGAACCAAGGCAUGUCGGUUCUGAAGAGAACAGUUGUCAAAUUUUUAUCUUUAAAUUUUUAUUAAGAAAGUGCUUAGCAAAUUUAUAACACUAUUUGUGUCCGUAGUUGUUUUGAGGCCUUUGACUCCUAAGUCCCCCCUGUGUUCUGUCUAAGGGACUCUAACCCAGCCCUGCAGCUGCGAUGCUUGGUAUCCGCUGCUUUGCUCUUUGAUGCAAGUCUUGGCUUCACUAAGGUAGGGUGGCAUUUGCUUUUGGUAAAGAAGAUGAAUACACUUAAAUUUCACUCUACAUUUUUAUAUCUCCCCCAUUGUUGUUAGUGGGGACUAUGAUACUGUAAUAAUAGUUUUAAAAUUUACAUCCAGAGAGGCAGUCAUUUAUGGCUUGUGCCAGGUGUUUUUUAGGGUUGGAUCACACUGAGAUAUUUAGAGCUCACUGCUCUGGGGUUCUGUAGGAAAUCUACAAUGCCAAGAAUGUCUGGCACUUGAGAUUCUGCUUUUACUGCGAGAGGGUCACAUCUGUUGGCCUCUGUUGUUGCUGUUUAAAAAAUAUAUAUAAAAAUAAAAAAUCUGUGCAAUAAUUUAUAAAUGUGCUCCCAGGAAUAGACACAAAAGUUUUGAGUAUGCCUAAACUGCAUUUCCUUCAGCAAUGCAUUUGUCAGUUGCACUGAAUCUAACCCUGAUAGUCAGAGGUGAUUGCUGAUAGUGCUUUUGUAUUUUGAUAUGGACUUUAUUCAUUUGCAUACAGUCAUUGGCAUUCUUCCCAGCUGAUUCAAAGACAGUCACAAACCUGUAAUACAGCUGCCAUAGUAACAGCUGACUUUUUAUGAUAUUGUCUUGCUUCCUGUUGGGUAUGUUUGUUGGUUUGAUUUCUUUUCCUAAUUCUUUGGCUAUUUUACUUUAGCACUUAGUUGUGAUAGAAUGUCUAACAGAGCAUGAGUGCAGACCUUUGCUGUUCCAAAGCCUCAGGUCUUCCUGUGCAGGCUUGUCUGAAGGUGUCCAUCUUUAAGCUGGUUCUUCAUGAGCGUAGGACUGUGUGGUUUGCUGCUGUUCUCACUGUCACCGUAGCCUGCUGACGUGCCACAAUGCUGCUCCACAGACACUGCACCGUGUCUCCGCCAGAGCAGUCAGGUGAUCACGGGAGACCAUGUUUCACAGCUUAUGAAGUUCUGUCUUGGGGUUCUUAUUUUCCCUCUUGUCUUUUUCUGAGAGCUUACUCUGAAGAUUCAUGGAGUCCAGUUGUCUUUCUAUGGUGUUCAUUUAGAUCAUUGUUUUAUACUCUUCUGUAAGAAAAUUAAUCAUAAGGAAAGAGAAUAAGGAGACUUAAAUGAAUACUCUUUGAUUAAAGUAGAAUAGAGGGAGCAGCUGCCACCCUUAAAAGGCAUGAAGAAAUCUCUGCUCUCCAUGCGGGAGACCCCUGGAGAUGGAGAUUUGCCCCAUUCCCGUUUCCAUGAUCAGGUAAUAUUAUUCACUUUCAAAUGUCUUUAGGAGUGGUAAGUGGAAUAAUAGAUCUUAGAGUAUAGCAAAUUCUGUUUUCAUGAGUUAUCCUCUAGGUGAGUAUGUUUUAGGAUUAAACAUCUUUUACAGAUACUGAAAGUGCCUCCUUUUGUGGUAUAAAAAAAAAAACAAAUUAUGGUGCAAAAAGUAAUCAAUAGAUUGAAUCACAUGAAGGUUUUUUGCUUUUUGACAUAAAAAUGUCAAGAGACAGGCCAAAGAUUUGUACUUUUCACUUAUAAAGCACUCCUUUUUUCCUUAAGAUUAUUUCUGUCAAAUCAGAUUUAAUGAGAGAGUACUAUUUUUAAGGAGCUAUCUGUUUAUGUAGAAUGAUUUUGUUUAAAAAGAGUAAUGUAGACUAUGAAUGAGGAGCAGAGGCCCAUGGAGGACUGGGCAUUCUGCUGGUGAAAGGAAUCACAGAUGACCAGGCUUCUGCAAGCAGACAUGACCAGUUUGACCAGACGCAUAGGAAAACCAUCUCAGACAGAGCUGUCUUGCUCUUUUAAAGACCAUUUAUGUUUUUGUAAGUGCAUUGCACGUUUCCACAAAAGCUGGAUUCCCACGAGUUAAGAGUGGUACUGGCACAGUUGCUGCAGAAAUCCUGCCUCCGUGGACCAACAUCAUGGCACACCAGCAAAAGCCAGCAUUUGGGGGCUAGCAGCCAGCCUACAGAGACCCAGGGGGUGGUUUUCUGUUUGUUUUUGAUUCCCUCCUUUUGUUUGAAGUCAGCAAGGGGGGAAGGUGUGAACUAGUCCUUCCGGUAAUAGCUCUGAAGUGUCUGUCACAUUUGAUGCCAGUUGUUUUAAUAUGUGACUCUGGUUGAAUGUAGAAGAGGGGAUAAAAGGGAGUGCUCACAUUUUUAAUCCACUCAUUAGAAUCUGAUGUCUUCUCUAGCAGUUCUGAGGUGUCCAUAGCAUUCUUUAUUUUUGCCCUUCUGUGACCAUGUUGGAGCUGGGUGAAUAAUUAGGCUUUUUAUUUUAAAACAACUAGCAGGCAGUUUCAUGUUUUCUUUGGAAUUUCUGGAUAAGUUGGAGGAAACAUUUUGCAUGCUUUGUCUGGUUUACUUUUUCAUCUCAUUACAGACUUCAUUGUGUAUCUCUGUCAUCCUUAAAUACAGAAGUGGUUUUCUCUCCCGACUUUGACAUUGUCACUAUGUAGACUGUUUUCAUUUGGGUUUGGCAAAUCCUUUGGGUCUAAUUCUGUGAGCAUACCUUACCACUGGGUGAUGAUGUCUGCAUCCUUUCUUUAGUUCCCCAGUAACCUUAAAGCUGUUGUAAAGUGUAAACCAGCCCAUGACAGUUUUUGUACAUGUUAAAGAACUUUAUUGUUCAGUUUUCAUGAUGAUUGUGUAAGGAAGACUGAUACAGAUGUCUGUCUCUCCUGGACCAUGUCAAUGACACUUACUAUGUAUUUUGGUUCCACAUCAUGGUGAUUUGUCCCCAAUGACCCUUUGACCCUUUCCAGGCACAUUUUUUAUGUGUGUGUUGUUGCAGUUUUCCCUUUGCAUUGUAUUGCUUUGACAACUGUAAUUUGAAUCAGAUCUGAAAGAGGUCCAGAAUAAAGUAUAUUUUGAUAUUAUGUUGGCUGUGUACAUAUAUAAAACCUUUGAUACCUAGGUGGUUUGUACAGACUGUUUAGUCAUGGGAAGAGAGGGAUGGCAUUUGUUUACAAUUUCCUGUUUACAUCUUGAUUGCUUUUAUCUCCCACUGUUCAGUGUACAAUAAAUGAUUUUGCUCCAAGA